UGUGUCACCUUGGCAGCAAUAUACAGGUAUAUCAGUGUUUGCUCUGACAGGAUAAGAAGUUAACAAAACUAAAAUCACAGGUAUUCCGCGAAGGUGAUGAAGACCUUCAGUUUUUCUUUUGCAGUGAUCAUCAUGCUUGCCCUCUUUUUUAUUCAAGGGGUAUGCACCAUCUCCAUUGAAAAUAGGGAUUUGGCAGAAACAAGAGAUGUGGCUGCUGAAUUCUAUGAGAUCCCAGCUGACCAAUGGAAGGUGGCAUACAACAGGCAGAAACGUCACAGUGAGCCUGGAGAAUGCCGUAUGUGCUGUAACUGCUGUGGCCAAGUCAAUUUCUGUGGUCUCUGCUGCCAGUGGUGAUUCUAGGAAUCAUCUGCAUUGUCAGUUCCAUCAGAAAAUACAAUAAAUAUGCAAAUUUUUGGUUCUGGCUGUAGUUGAUCUGGCUGGCAUGCUUUGUGGAUUUAUUGUAAAGACAAAAAACCCUUCAGAAAUAUCUCUGUCUCUCUCCCUGUAUGCCAAUAAAAAAAUAAAAUAUGUCAAAUUUGAA